GGAAGCCCCGUCUGACGUCCUUGCCGUCGUCCAUCCGUACAGCCACUCACACCUGGCAAUGGCGUACGUAGCCCCAGGGUAUCCUCGCCAUAUGGCAAGCGAGGAUGACCACUACUACGCACAGUAUACGGGCCACCGAGGUGGACCGCCAUCAGAGGGUGAGCAGCCUUCAAUGGCGGACGAUCAAGAGCUAGCAUGGUACUAUCAUCAGCAGCAACAGCAUCAGCUAUACCUCCAGCAACAAUGGGCGGAGCAACAGCAUCUGAUACAUCUUCAGGCGCAGAGCGGAUAUCAGACUGAUGACUUCUACGAUGAAGAGACGGCAAUCAAAAGUGAAGCAAUCGAGGCAGCGUAUGAUCAAUUCUACGACGACUUCAUGAGAGCAGGACCAUCUGUUCGUUCGCCGCCGAGAACAGGCGCUUCUGCACUGGCCCCAAUCACAAUACAAGAUGACCAUGAAGCGCCGGGGUACACCGAACCAUACCAGGCCUACCCUCGGGCUUAUCAAGACAUCCCUGACGACUACCGAAAUGAGCAGCACCCAGAGGCCUUUCCUUCGCGACCUCCACCUCGAACGCAUCACUCGCUCCCCAUUGCAGCAUCCUCCUCCUCUGCUGUCACUUCCUCUGCUUCCUCAUCUUCGCUCGACCCCAGAAUGGUACGCUCCGAACGUUCCACGCCCCUGACAUCCGACUCCGGCCUAUCGGCGAAGCUGGGCGUGAAGCUGAAAAGGGGGCGCGAGCCAAGGAUCGGGCGAGAGGAGGGAAGGGUCAUUGUGGCUCGGGAAGAAGAGCAUGAGGCGAAGCCUAAUGACGCGAGCUCGAGCCGAUAUGGCGACUCUGUACAGAGUGAUAUCGGGUGGGCAGACCAAGCCGCUGCCUUCGAUCAUGAAAAUUUCGAUGAUGAGUCUACCUCUCCAUCUACGGGUAGUCUUGCUACCCUCAAUCCUACUCCGACAAGAAGGAAGCCUGGGCGUCCACGCGGUUGGCGUGAGCUAGCGUCCAUCAACCCCACUCCUCUCCCCCUCACGCCAAAGAAGCUGCGCAACGGUAGAGUGAGGAAUCGCAGCCGUGAGAGCAGUGCAAGUGCGAGCUCAUCCAGUGAAGAGGACGGCGAGCAGGAUCGACUCAACGAGGUGCGACAUGAAGUCUAUCGGCCUCAAUACCGUCUCGCUAGGCCCUACCGUCGACGUGUGGCCGGCGCGGACGCGGACAAAGGGAAAAAGUCUCGAACCAUCAAGGAACGUAGUCUCAAGAUCAGUCUAUCAGCUGAUUCUGCGGAAGAGAACAUCGCUUUGCCUGCUCAAAUUCCCGCCACACCUGCAUGGACCAAGCCCUGGAUCCUUAAGAAUGAGACACACGAAGAGGACGAUGCGGUACCCAGCUACCCAGAAGUACACUACUUCAUCCGCUGGAUGCACGAUCUUUACCAUGCACGAAAGUCUGCCCGGGGUCAGACGGAGCUGAUGGAGCAGUGGGGCUUGAGCUCACUACCGCCCAACAGUCAAGAAGAAGCGACGAAGCAGCGUUCUCCAGCGCGAGCAAGGGACGGGAAUAGGGCGAUUGAUACUCCGAGCAGCAAGAAGAGAGACGCAGAGGACGAUGAAGACGAUGCAGCCGUCGCUUGUCUCCUCUUCUCUGACGAAGCCGAACGGCCAACACCAAGGAGGCUCGAGGCAUGCCCUCUUUCGCCAAUGGCUUCCCCAGGCCCAGCUCAAGCACAAAAGAGCCGCACGCCUUCACCAUCUGGAGCUACUGCCGCCUCCCCUCCUUCCCCUCCCCACGCCAUCUCCACCACUCCCGCUCCCGCCCCCCUCUGGCUCGCGACGAUCGCCACGCGCAUAUCCAUCCUCGACACUGCCGAAAAACCCUCUCUCUACGCACGAGCAAGAGGCACACCGCAGGACUACCCGCGCUUGCUACGGGAGCAGUUCUCCACGCGUGUUCUCAGAGGGGUGGAGAGUCAGGGCGGGAGAGAAGGGGGUGAGGCGCCACCCGCAGCCGCCGGCGCUGCUGUUAGUGCUGGUGCCGGUGCUGUCCCUAAUCCUAGUCCACUCGAGGAUCUACAGCGCGUCAGUAUCGCCCUGCCUCUUCCUGCUGCGGGGCGGCCCAAUGGCCGCAGGUCCUGGCCCUCAUCACUGGAGACCAAACCCCUCUGGGAACACUUUGUAGCGCGCUAUCGCCUCAAGAGGUCUCAAGGGUGCUCACACGAGGAGGCUCUUUGGUGUGGACCUGCUUUAUCUUUGCCUGUGCUUUCACUAGAGAGAGAGGAGAGGCACGAGGAGGCUAGGCAGAGAGGGGAAGGGGAAGAGGAAGAGGUGCAGGAAGAGGAGAUGAAGAGCACGAAAGCGAAGAGGGGGGCUCCUUUGAUCCUGAGGAGGAACCUGCCUAGGGCUGUUAGGAAGAGAGUCUAGGCAGAGGACGAGGGAGCGCUAGUUUACUAGAGCAGGUCUACAGAAACGACACGACACGACACUAGGCGCCAGCUUUUCAUGAGUUUGUAAAAUACUUAUUGCUUCCUCCAUUCAUGCAUGCAAGGUCAUUCCAUACUCUAUUCCCAGUC